GCGAAACACAUAUGUGUGUAUGGUAGUGCAGUGCGUUUUGCGGUAUAUUCUUAUUUUCGGUGUUUUGUUGUGAAGAGUUGUUGUUUUAAAGUUGUUGUCAGUUCUUGAAUUUCGGUUACAAGACAAUAACGCAAAUAAGCAGGGCUGUUUCCUAUAGGCCCUUUCCGCGGUUAAAAUCAAGAAUGGUGCAAUGUCCUCAGUGGUAAAAUGGGUGCAAUAUGGACACUCGCUUUGUUGGUAAUUUGUGGCAUUUACGUUGAUGGCACUUCCGCUCAGAAGGGCUGUCCCAUGCCCAAAGCUAUUUUACCUUGUAGGUGUUUUAUUCGAGGAGAUGAAUAUCAAAUAUGGUGCACACAUAGCGAUCUGCCAAGUGUUCUCGAUGGUCUAAAGGAAGUGGCUAAGUUCAUACCUGGACCCAUAGAAGAAUUAAUAUUGGAAAAUAAUUAUCUGCCAGCCCUUCCAGGAAGAACUUUUUUCCCAUUAAAAAUCCUUCGUCUUAUGCUAAGACAUAAUGGCCUGGAGAGGGUAUCUAACGACUGGCUCGGAGGCCUAGAAACCACCAUAAUGGAACUGUUUAUGGUUGAACCAAAACUGAGAUCGAUGCCAGAAGAUUCUCUAAUGCAAAUGAUCGCACUCCAAGCCGUCACUAUUCAAAGUAACCUAAUGAAAAGACUUCCCAUGUUUUCAGGACUUCCUAAACUCAGGUAUCUCCAAAUUGAAUCAACAUCUCUGCUAGAACUUACACCUAACAACUUCAAAGAUAAUCCAUCCCUAGAAAAUAUACAUAUAGCAUAUUCGCCCAGGUUAAAGCGUUUAGAAGCACACGUGUUUAUAGACCUCCCUAGUUUAAAGUUAUUAAAUAUUUCAUAUUGCGGAAUAACUUGGAUACAUCCUAGAGCAAUCACAAGGUUGCCACUGCUACAGGAACUUAUCCUAAUUGGAAACAGGAUCUCUGACGCUGGAAUGGUUGGUAGAGUUAGCAGAGAGAUGCCACAGCUGACAGUUUUACGACUUGAUGACAAUUAUAUUGACAGGUUAGAGGAAGCAGCUUUCGUAGACCUGCCGUCCCUUAGGUCUUUGCAUAUGUCGAACAAUCGAAUCACUGAACUUCACCAUGGAGCUUUUCAUAGAGUACCUCGGUUAAAAAAGCUUAACUUAAACGAUAAUUUCUUGAAAAGGGUUCAUCCAGAAAGCUUUCUUCAAGAGUCUGGGAGUGGUUUAGAAGAGCUAUGGCUAAUACGUAAUGAAAUUAGCCACGUGGCUGACUUGAGAGCUAUCCUGGAUGCAUUACCAAGGUUAGUGUUUCUGGAUAUGAGCUACAAUCAUCUCGAGGCAAUCCCUUAUGGCUCAUUAAGAGGCCAUCCUACCUUGGAGCAUUUUAACUUAGAUCACAACAAUAUCCACCUUAUUGAUAGAGAAGCUUUUGUAGCGAUGCCAGCCUUAAGAGAAUUAAGAAUGAAGAAUAAUUCUUUAUCGAACACACUUCAGCCGCCCUUAUGGAACCUCCCGGAUCUGAAAGGACUGGAUUUAUCACUAAACUCUUUUAGGCGUCUCGAACCGAACUUCCUGCAAGACUUACCAUCGUUAAGAAAACUCGACUUAAGUGGAAACGAACUGAAGUAUAUAGAUCCGGCAGCAUUCGCCCCCACACCAUCUUUGGAGCAUAUUAACGUUUCAUACAAUCAUUUGGCCACCUUACAUCCGGCCACCUUUCGACACUUGUUGGGACUAUAUGAGCUAGACGUUUCUAACAAUAUGUUAGUUGAAUUUGUACCAGGGUUACCACGAGGUUUAGAAUAUCUACAUUUGAAAAACAAUGAGAUUACUGUAAUACCAGUGGCUCCUACCCCUGAUCUAGAUUUACCAAUGCUGAGAAUGCUAGACCUAUCCGGCAAUAAAAUCGAAGUAAUAUCCAAAGAACGAUUAACCUCUCUUCCGCAAUUACGUAGGUUGUAUCUAAGGUAUAAUCUUCUGAAGAAGAUUGAGGAUGGAAGUCUUAAAGGGCUAGAUAGGCUAGAAACACUGGAUUUAUCUCACAAUGGUCUGGUUCACUUGGGAGCAAACACGUUUAAGCAUCAAACAGAGUUGCGCGACUUAAAUCUAGGGAAUAAUAGAAUAGAGUUCGUGGCCAUGGAAUGUUUCCACUAUGCACCUUACUUAAAAAGGCUUAACCUCACUAAGAAUAUGUUAAAUGAAAUUUUACCAAGUACCCUGGAUAAAAACAAGGAUCUACAGAUGGUUGAUAUUUCGUACAACAGACUCAUAAGACUUUCAACUACAUUCAUAGGCUUAAAAAACUUAAGAGGUCUAGAUGCUACGCAUAACAGGCUUAACUCCAUUGAUCCACAAAUCUUAGCUAGCCUAACUUCAUUAAGGAUCCUAGGGUUAUCUCAUAACUAUAUAAAAGCUCUAAAGGAAAACGCAUUUAGUAAGUUAAAUCACCUUAUAACACUUGAUUUGGAAGACAAUGAGCUAGAAUUAGUUGAACCUAACGCUCUAAAAACCUUACCGGUAUUAAAAAAGGUUCAGUUAGGGCACAAUAAGAUUAAGGAAAUACCUGGACAGGUGUUUGUAAACCUCCCAUCAUUACAAAUGGUGGAGUUACAACAUAACCAAAUCAGAUCAAUAGCUCCCAAUGCGUUUGUAGGUGUCCCACAGUUGCUAGUAUUGAAUAUAAGUCACAACGAAAUCGGUUCUUUGAAUGAUGCUGGUUUACGUGAUAUAAAAUCUUUAGAGUUGCUUGAUAUUAGUCAUAACAACAUUAAAUCGGUUGCUAAUCCUGCUCUAGAACGUCUAGAAUGGCUGGUCGAACUGAGAAUCGAUGACAAUCAGAUAUGCGGGGUACAAGGAUCGCCGUUUAACAACAUGCCAAGACUAAGGGUUCUAACUAUGAGAAAUAAUAAAAUGAUGUCAUUUCCUGAAGGUGCAAUAGAACGGAUCCGAAACAAUUUAGCCACCUUAGAUAUAGAUGGAAACCCUCUUGCAUGUUCUUGCAACAUGUUAUGGCUUCAAGCUUGGCUGCACGAGACGGAUCGAAUGGGUCCAAGAUGCGUGGAAGGAUAUUUACUUAGAGAAAUGGCAGUAGAUAGAAGAGACUGUCCGGAAGAAGCGCGAAAUAUCGAAUUAGUGGCACCAGGUUGCGAAUCUGAGCUUCUGUCCGCUCCUGGUGUGUAUGGCACCUCACAGGUCCACUCGCAGUGGAUGAAUUUGAAAGCAGUUAAUUCAACUCAAGACAGAAAUGGCUUGGCACCGACACCGGAGGAGUCCGAGUAUUUUUACGAUGAAUAUGUGGAUUAUCCAUAUAAUGAAACGAAUGGCAAACUAACCGGAACUACCAAGCAACCAAUAGAUUUUAAUCUGUCUAAAAUUCACGCAACAGGUAAUACCCCGACAAUAUAUGCAGCUCCUACCAAUAACAAAAACCAAAUAGCUGAUAAAGAAAUUCCAAAGGAAGUAAAUAAUUCACCCAGUAGUAGCGGAUUUACGUUCUUCGGUCUGCCUCUUGCCAGCCUAGGAAACUUACUGAGCAACGCUAUUAAACCCAGGAGGAAUAGUAAAAUUGGCCCGGUAAAGAUGGACGACAGAAUUGCGAUUGUCAACAAAUCACCGAUACCUCAUGGUUCUAGAGUUUACCAUAUGCCACCGGAUAUGCCAAAGUUUGAAACCGGUGGAUUUAUUCCAAUUCUACCAGGAACUGGAGGUUUUAAACCAAUCCCAAACCCAGUGAUUCAGCAAACUGAACCAACCAAAUCACAGAACGUCACAAACAUACUCAAACCUGACUCGUCCACUGUAGAAGCCAACAACGUGCUGAUCUCGACUACUGAUAGAAUUUAUACUACUGAGGCAUUACCUUCGACUCCUCAAAGAUCAACACUUUUAACUCCAACCAGUAGUACUUCUACUACAACAAGACCGACAGUUGAAAGUACAAUAUUACCAAUUAAUGAUAAACCAGAAAAUACGAGAACUAUUAAGCAACAUUUUAUUAAUUUUACAAGCCCAAAUUCCCGUUCUGACUCGAAGCAAAUGGAAUCAAGUGAAACAACUACAGAAACUGUACCAGAAACCACCACGGCUGCUAUAGAGGAAACAACAAUUUUAAAACUAGAUACGACAACGGUUAUUGAAACAUAUAAAACCACUGUUCUAAAGCCUAUAAAAUCAGAUGUGGUAGCCAGUUGGCCUAAAGGUACUACUUCGACAGCAGCUUUUCUAGCUCCUGGUGGCAUGCAGAGUCACAAAAAAAUGGCUUCAAUCGAAAAAGUAAUUUCCCCAAAUAUACCAUCUGCUAGUGCCCCAUUAAUAUCGGAAGAACACGACGCUUUGUCACCCAUGGCUCAUAACAGAGAGCCCAAAAAUUAUGCCUCCAGUGAUUCCGCAAAUGUUAACACGGAUAAAACCGAAAGUAAUGAUUUGAGUUGGUAUUUUGCUACUUACAAUAAUCCACCAUCACAUUCUUGCAGUAGAGGAUCAUACAAUUUGGACUUUGUAAUUUUUUUAAUGCUAUUUGAAGUAUUGUAUUUAUUGUUGUAAAAUAAUGUAAAAACAAAAUCAUGUUUUUUUUAAUACGGAGACUAUUAGUUAUUUAAAACAUAAGCACGAUUUAAAUAAAAAUCUAUAUAUUCAUACAUGA